CACGCUACCGUAUGCCAGGCAGGCCGAUAUGGCUAGCCAAGGCCAUGCCAGCAGCAGCUCCACAUAAAUGAGCUAAUUAAGCACGCGCGGGCGCGCGGGGCCUCCGGUAUAUACUCACCACCCGAUCGCAAACACACAAGGAAAAGACCACCAGAAAGAACCCGGGGGAGCUCGCCGCGAGAGCUUGAGCGCCAUGAGAGGGGAUGGGGAGGAGGAGGCGUCGGCGCCGCUGCUGCAGGCGCGCGGCGGGGAGGAGGCGGAGGCGAAGGGGGGCCGCGGCCGGGGCGCGCGGGUGGCGCGGGAGUGGUGGGACGAGUCGAAGCGGCUGUGGCGGAUCGUGGGGCCGGCCAUCUUCCAGCGGGUGGCGCUGUACGGGAUCAACGUCGUCUCGCAGGCCUUCAUCGGCCACAUCGGCGACCUCGAGCUCGCCGCCUUCUCCAUCGCCUCCACCGUCAUCGCCGGCUUCAACUUCGGAUUCCUGCUGGGCAUGGCGAGCGCGCUGGAGACGCUGUGCGGGCAGGCGUUCGGGGCGAAGAAGCACCACAUGCUGGGCAUCUACCUGCAGCGCUCCUGGAUCGUGCUCUUCCUCUUCGCGCUGGCGCUCACGCCCACCUACGUCUUCACCGAGCACCUGCUGCUCCUUCUCGGCCAGACGCCGGAGCUGUCCCGCCUGGCGGGCAAGAUGAGCGUGUGGCUCAUCCCGCAGCACUUCGCCAUGGCCAUGCUGCUCCCGCUCACCCGCUUCCUGCAGAGCCAGCUCAAGAACUGGGUCACCGCCGCCACCGCCGGGGUCACGCUCGCGCUGCACGUCGUCGUCACCUACCUCCUCGUCACCCGCUUCCAGCUCGGCUACGCCGGCGUCGUCGUCGCCGCCGACGUCGCCUGGUGGGUCGUCGUGCUGGGACAAUUCUUCUAUGUGGUCUGCGGCGGGUGCCCGCUGUCGUGGAGGGGCUUCUCCGUGGAGGCCUUGGCCGACUUCUGGGAAUUCAUCAAGCUCUCCACGGCAUCCGGCGUCAUGCUCUGCAUGGAGAACUGGUACUACAGGGUGCUUGUGCUGCUUACGGGGUACCUGCCCAACGCUGAGAUCGCCGUGGAUGCCCUCUCCAUAUGCUUGACGAUCAACGGAUGGGAGAUGAUGAUCCCCCUGGGGUUCCUGGCAGCAACUGGCGUGCGGGUGGCAAACGAGCUCGGCGCGGGCAGCGGCAAGGGCGCGCGCUUCUCCAUCAUCGUCUCCAUCACCACCUCCGUGGUGAUCGGGCUCGUCUUCUGGUGCCUCAUCCUCACCUACAACGACCAGAUCGCGCUCCUCUUCUCGUCGGGGAAGGCCGUGCUCGACGCCGUGCACAACCUCUCCAUGCUGCUCGCCUUCACCAUCCUCCUCAACAGCGUGCAGCCCGUCCUCUCAGGGGUGGCUAUUGGUUCUGGAUGGCAAGCACUGGUCGCCUAUGUCAACAUCGGAUCCUACUACCUGGUCGGGGUGCCCAUCGGGAUCAUACUGGGCUGGCCACUCGGCUUCGGAGUUCGGGGAAUUUGGUCUGGGUUGAUUGGCGGGACUGCUGUUCAGACGCUGGUGUUAGUCUAUCUCACCAUGAGAUGUGACUGGGACGAUGAGGCCAAGACCACCAGUGCACGAAUGAGAAAAUGGGCCAGCACAAAAUGAAAGCUACUCGACAGUAUUGUUGUCAACUUUCAGCUCCCUUUUACACAGGGGAAAACGAGCUCAGUGGUAGAAGGAUCGGAAGUAAACGAUCAGAAUAUGAGACGGAUGAAGUAGUUCAGAAGAAAAUCACUAGGUAGCACGCAGGCGGCCUGUUUCUGAAGAUAUCCGCUGGUCAAGAAAAUUCAGUGUGCUAUCAGAGAGCUCAAAUCUAUGUAUUUCUACGAUAUCUAAAAGCAUAGUUAGUACGGUGGAAAAAAAAAGGAGGAAUCUGCUAGAAAUUCAAAUUCUGCCGAUGAAAGCAAAACAUCGAGACGUUGAUUUGAUGGACCUUGUUCUAUUAGUAUAAUCCUUAGAUGUUCAUAAUUGUACCUGUCAUGACCUGUUUUAUGCCCCCCCGCAAAAGAAAAAAGACAUGUUUUCUGCA